AUGGACUCCACAUUUUCGACGGGGAACACGACGCAGGCGACACAUGAGGUAGCAGAAGAGCCCUUGAUUCGCGUGGACGAGGAGUACAUGAGGAAGGCAGUGGCAACAGUGGCGAAGCACCUUUCCAGUUUCAAGCUCACCCGCCCCGAGAUCCUGAGGGUGACUUCUGCUCACCGAAUCCUCUGGGCAGCCGGCCUGGUGCUCCGAGGUGGCGCGUACAGCAAGGACAUGUACAAGCAAAGCAAGCAGGCGGCAAACAUCAAGCAGUUUUGGUCGCAUUCUUGGCAUGGGCCGGUCUGGUGCAAAAUCGCUUUGCUCGGCGUGGUGUGCAAUGGGCUACCAGCCGUGUCUCUUGGCACUUUGGCCGUGGCCUUCGCGACUGUGCCUGUCGUGAUGUACGAGGCAUCUCACCUUUGGGCGAUGCUGGCGGGGCUUUUGAUGUCUUGCCUUACUUUUUGCCUUUGGAGGCCUCGAAGAGAUGUCUUCGUGGACAAACUCUGCAUCCAUCAGACUGAUGAGAAGCUCAAGGUUGAGGGUGUGAUAAACAUGUGCGCGUUCCUCAAGCACUCCGAAUCGAUGCUUGUGUGCUGGGAUCGCACCUACGCGCACCGGCUUUGGUGCAUCUUGGAAGUGGCUGCCUUCUUGAAGACUCACGAGAAUCUGGACGCGUUGACCAUCCGUCCCGUCUCGUGGGGCCCUACAGCCAUUGUGCUGUUCGUGGGCUACUGGGGCGUCGCCGUGACAUAUAUGGCGGUCUUUGAGUACCUUUACCAGCUGGACCUGAGUGAAACUCAGCUCUGGCUCAGAAUCUCAUGCGUGAUGUGUCUGCCAUUUCUACUCAUACUCCCCUUCGUGCUCCAUGCCUAUCGCCAACAGAUGCGGGCCAUUGAAGAAGUUCAGGAGCAGCUUCAGCGGUUUGAUUUCAAUCGAGAUCCCGAAUGCCAUUGCUGCAGCGUUAAGCAUAUCCAUCCUGUCACAGGCAAACCGAUGCUGUGUGACCACCAGGUCAUCCGAGAAUGCGUUACAACCUGGUUUGGCUCCGUUGCAGAGUUUGAGACCGUCGUACGUGAACGGGUCUCGAAAGUGUUCACGGACAGAUUCGCGAAGAUUCCGCUGCCCUACACAUGGCUUGUGGCGGCCACCAUCGCGAACUUCUGGAUGGGCAUUCCAGACAUGGCGCAAGCCGUCAGAAGUGGAGCAUCGGACCACAGAGAUCUCCUUCUCUAUGUCGGAGCAUAUUUCUCCUACUGGCUUGCAGGCUAUCCUGCAAUGCUUGCCAUGGAGCUCAAGGUGGCAUACUGGCUACGGCGACGUCGCAGCUCUGGAAUAAAAGAGGCAGCCUUGAACUUCGCCUUGGGUCUCGGUUGCGCGAUGGCUUUCUGGGCAAUGAUGAUGAGCGAACUCGCAUUCAGACAUGUCUUCCACGAUGUGGUCGUGGGCGAGUUCGUCUUCUACUCGCUCUUCGUGCUGAUGGCUGCGCUCACCUGGGGGCCAGCUGCUGUCUCAGCUGCACGAACCAGGUUCUGUUCAGAUCUAUCCGUGCCGAGGGAAGGUGCUGUUCCAUAG